AUGUUUUUGUUUCAAGUCGACUCUUUGGAAAAUUUUUCGUUAGAUUUUGAUAUAUUUCCCACCUUUGGUUCCAAAGUUAUUGGUAAAGGUGUUGCAUUGCCUGACAUGUUUGAUUUUACGGGCUAUGGUUAUGAAAGACACAAUCAUCUGGUGAAUGGUGGGACCGGUGGUAAAUGUAUUUGUCCUUUGUUUGACACGCAUUUGAAGGUGGUCGGUGAGUUGUCGUUUGAAUUUGCUGUCGUCAAACCAUUCAGUGGUGUACAACUUGAAAUCGGCGGGCAUGUAGAAACAUAUUGGAAGUCAACAAAUACUAUAAAUGUUUCUAUACCAUCAGAUCAACCUUCGAAUAACGCCUUUAAUAAUAGGAUCAGCAUUAGGAUAGUGGUUCAGGUGACCAGAGAUAUGGUUGCUGUUGUAUAUUCAGAUUGGGUAUUACCAAUUACAAAAUUUGAUUUAAGCGUAUUUAAUGUUACCUUUCAACAAUUUGAAGGACUGAAGGAAAAAAAUAUAGAGGAUGAUUUUUAUUCGGCAAAAAGUACAUCCGAACUACAAAGAUUAGUUCACCAAUCUUUUCUUUCUUUAGAAGUUGUUUUAGAGAAAUUGCCAUCAUCAAUUGGUGUAAAUUUGGAAAUAAGAUAUCCAACAAUCUACGAAAUGACACGUUAUUGGUUUUCAGAUCUACCCGAUAUAAAUAGUUAUGUCGACACUAUUUUACAAACAGUUUACGAUUAUGCAAAAAAAAACAUAAGCAAGGAUUCGAUAAAUCACAGAUCAGUGAUAUUUUCUUCAUUAAAUCCUGCAAUCUGCACUGCUUUAAAUUGGAAACAACCAAAUUGUAAAUAUUCAAAAAUAUUUUAUUUAUUAUUUAAUUUAUCCAAUUACAUUGUUUUAUAA